AUGGCCGUUUAUAGUAUCGAUAGGUUCGUUCAGGACCAAGACACAGCUCAUGCCUUCGGGCAAUCACGACUAUCGCCGGCGGCCAGUCGACAGGACAAAUCCGAUGCAACUAUCACCCAACCUGUGACGACUGCUGCUCAUGCCCAUGCUCGUGAGUCAUGCAAGUCGCCGCCGACGUCGCCAUCUUCAGUGACAAGCUCAACCGUGCUGUCAAGAUCCAACACCGGCUUCAGCACAUUCUCAAAGUCAUCAGCAGCAUCCGAUGCAACUAGCUUAUCGACAGCUCCGAGUAUUGAUUUGAAUCACCCCGAGCUUACUCUCGACCAGCACAUUCUCAACAUGUCGAUCGACGGUUCAAAUCUUCCGUGCCUUUUUCGAUACAUCAUACCAGACUGUCAGCAUACGAAUUUCGAUGAUUCUGAGAGCUGGUCCGAACAUGUUAUUGAGCAUUUCGGCCGAAGCGGACCACCACCUCACGCCCUGUGCGUCUUCUGCAACAGGUCAUUCGAGGAUGACAACGCUAUGGCCUGCUGGAACGAAUACCUGGAGCAUGUAAAAGAGCAUUUCGAAAGCGGUACAAACAUGGAACUCCGCCCAGACUUCAAAGUCUUGAAAUACCUACAAGACAAAGGGAUUAUAUCUGAGGAUGAUUAUGCCAUCUUCUGCCGCGAGGGGUCAGAGCGACCGAAGGUAUCUGGGUUGAUCCCGCUGAAUUGCGAACCAGAAGAAAUAAUUGCGAAGAAAAGAGCAGAGGAAGCUGCUUCGAACCGUGUUAUCGUUACUGAUCCUCGUCGGAGACGAGAUCAACAACGUUCACCAAGAGGGAAGAAGGCCGCAUCGACAGUGAUUCAUUCCCCAACCGAAACUUCUUGA